UCUUCUCUGUCUCUCUCUUUCUCUCUCUAUUCUCUCUCUCAUACAAAAACGCAUUCAAUUCUCCCCAAUCCAGAAACCCCAAAUCGCUAGUGCGUGAACUGAAGUCUGUAUGCCAUUUGGUUCAAAUGGGUUGUUGUGUAAGCAAGAAAGAAGUUGUUGGUUCUUCAACUGUUUCAUCCAUACCACCAACAGCAUCACAUUGUUCCUCCUCGAUUGAUGCCCAUAAGUUGGAGGCUCAGAUUCAAGUCCAGAAGAAGAAAGUUCAGCAACAAGUGGAAGAAAUCAAGGAAGUUCAUGAAGUGAAGAGACCAGAAGCAGUAGGAGGAGGGGAAGCCAGAGUGAGGAAGGAAGUGUUUCUGAUUAAGCACAGGAAGAGUCAUGAGAAAGAGAGACCUAAAGAGAUUGAAGAUGAGGUUUGCAAUGUUGGUAAGGUGAGGACAUCAAGCUGUAGCAAAGACGAGGUGGAUGCGAUUCUUAUACAGUGCGGGAGGUUGAGCCGGAACAACUCGUCCGGGAAGGCUAAUUCUUCUGGUGGAAGAAAGUAUUCCGGAUCGAAGAGGAGUUAUGAUUUUGAUGUUGAAGAAGUGAAAGGGAGUGAUGAGGGAGAUGGGGAAGAGAAACGCCAGCAUCGUCAACGCGAGCGCAGGCAUAAUAGGCCUUCUUCUUCUUCUCCGAGUGGGAGGAGGAGGACACCUAGUAGAGAAAGAGACCUCAAUCAGCAGCAGCAGCAACAGAGGUCUGGAAGCAAAGAGAGAAGUAGCGGCGGCGGCGGAAGUAGUAGUAGAAGGGUGAGUCGAUCUCCGGGGAGAAGAUCCGACACCAAUAAUACAAAUGCUAAUGGCGCCAUGGGUAUUGCAAAUAGGCCGGGGAAGAUGGUCUCGGUGCCUCCUACAGUUUCUUCAUCGUCUCUGGAGAGGAGCAACAAUGGUGGGGAAUCGGCUGCAAUUAGCAGGAUCUCGGUCAAGAGAAAUGUCGGUAGCGAGGCAGCGACUAGACGUGUUGUGUCACCGCGCUCUCAGUCCCCUGCAAGAGCAAAUGCCAAGGAAAAUCAACAGCAGCCAUCAUUGAGUUGCAUCUCUUCUAGGAAAGCAGAACAAUCUCCUCACAGGAGGAACCCAUUGAGUGAGAUUGAUCCCAAUUCACUUGCAUACCCACAAACAUCCAUCAACGAGGCUCCAGGUAGCAAUAUCAACAAAUGUAAAGAAAUUGAAGCAGAAACUGUCAUGAAACAGAAGCUGAAUUUGAAGAUGAACAAUGAUAGAGUAGUUGGUCAAGGGAAUAAUCAUAAGAAGGGUAACAGAGGGACACAAAACAUGAAGGAUGUGAGUCCAGAUUGCUUGGUGAAAGAACAGCAACAGGUUAUGGAGGAUGCUACGAGACAGACUUCCAAUAUUACUUCUACCACCACCACUGUGAUACCUGCAGGAGCUGCUGAGAGCCUGAAACCCCAAACACUAACGAGAAGCCGGUCAUCUCGUCAGUCCCGGGACCUAGACAUCAACCCUGAAGCUCUGUUGAAUGCUGAAUCUUCUUAUACUAGGCUGUUGCUUGAAGACAUCCAAAAUUUCCAUCAGAAAAACACAAACAUUCCUUCAUUUUCACUACCAGCAUGUGUCUCCAAGGCCUGUUCCAUCCUUGAAGCAGUUGCUGACCUAAACUCCACAACAAGCUCCAAUCUGUCAUGUGCUUUGUCUGUUAACAGAAGAGGCCUUCCAACAGAUCAAUCCAACUCUAACAAGGCAGCUGGCUACAGUUUUUUGGGGAAGAAAGCAUCAGAAGCUAAAGACCCUUUUGUAGAAUCUGAGGUUGUUGUUGAUGAUGACCUAAUGGAGCCAAGCUUUCAUAAGUAUGUGACAAUGAGAAGGGGUGACACGUUAGGACAGGAGGAUGAUAUGGAGGAGCAAGAGUCCUCCGGCAGCAACAGCUAUUCGGGCACCGGUGCUCAACAGAAUUGGGGGAUGUCUUCCUCUUCCUGGGAGCCAAGUUCAGUUGACUCAAGAUUCAAUGGCAGAGAGAAAGAUCACAUUAAUGCUCUGGCAUUUCAAAGGCAAGGGUUCUCCGAAUCAGACCAUGAGGCUAGGAGGGGUGUCAAUGGUAAAAGGAAUCGCGGAAUUGGGCGUAACAUGGUUGUUUCUGGUGAUGGUUUUCUUGCAACUCCUAUUGUUGCUGCCACUGCUUCAAUGUAGUUUUAGGACAUGAAACUAUUCAUUCAUGUGUAGCUCUUCAGUUGCAUACUUGCAACCAUUUUUCUUUUCUUAUUUGAAGCAAUUUGAUGAUUGUCUAACGGAUUAAAGGAGAUUUCUUCAGCUCUUGCAUAUAUUCAUUUUCCAUAUUAAUUGUUA